AUGCAAUAGGAUAGAUUCUUCUUAGAACUAAAUUAACAGGGAGAAAUUGAAGGCAGUCAUGAUAAAGCAAUCUAUGCACUUCAACAAAAGGUUGUUAGAAUCUUUGUUCGCAAUCGUAAAUAAGGUUAUUAUCCCUACGUGAUCAUGCAAAAAGGUUAUAAGCGUAUACAUGAGAUGGAAAACUAAACUUUGAAAUAAAUUUAGUAGCACCAUGAUGUUAAACCUUUUACACUUGAUUCUUCAGGUGAUUGGAAAGUUGAUGUAGAGUUUUCAUUGCCUGGUGCAGCUUAUUUAAGAUUGUGUUGGUUAAUUGCUUAAGAUAAACCUGUAGUUUUAGGAGUAGAGAAUCAUAUUAUUGUUCAACCCAAUCAUGUGGCAAAAUUGUAAGAAUUAACAAUCUAAACAUUACUACCAUAUUGUUUGGGUAAAUUUGAAGAUUAUGAAAAAUAAAUUCGUUCUCAAGUAGAAUUGGGUUAUGAAGCAUUUCAUUUUCCACCUAUUUAGUAAUUGGGUUAAUCAACCAGUUUAUAUGCAAUAGCUGAUUAACUAAAAUUGAAUACUGAUAUUUUUGGUAAUUAUACCUAUGAUGAUUUAAAAUAACUUUUUGCAAAAUUUCCAAAUACACACUUUUUCAUAGAUAUUUUGUUAAAUCAUACAGCAUUCGAUUCAAAUUGGCUAGUAUAACCAGAAUUUGAGAAUGCUACAUAUAAUGUUGCGAAUUCUCCUCAUUUGGAAGCAGCAAUAAAAUUGGAUUGUGCAAUAGCAGAGUUUAGUAAUAAAUUAGGCUCAGGAUUAUUGACUUAAUAUCCACGUAAUACAAUAUACAAUGAGAAUGAUCUGAAUUAAAUAAUGGAUAUAUUGGAACAUGAGUAUAUAAGGAAAUUGAAUAUUCAUGGAUAUUUUUAAUUUAAUAUAAAUGGAGUAGUUAAUGAGAUACAUAGAAGAUGUAAUAAGAUUGUGUUAGGUAAGAAUGAGCAACAGGAAGAGAAUUAAAAUAUUUUUAUAAAGAGUGCAAGUGAGAUGAUGUUGUAAUUGAUAGGAUAAUAGACAAUUCUGAAAGGUUAUAAAGAGUAUGGUGUAUCUUUGAAUUAUGAAGUGAUAGUGGAAUAUUUAAAGUAAAUUAUAAAAUAAGAAUAUAUAGUAAGGAUGAGAAUUACAAGAAGGUGUCUUUGGAGUAUAUCCGUGAGUUGUUGUAAUAUUAUAACCAUUAAUAUUGGAAUGAAGCAGAAUAGUAUAUAAGAGAAGCAGUGAAUUCCACAAGAGGUUAGAUAACAUGGUGGAAAUUGACAUUGAAGAAUCCAUAGGUGGAAGUAAAUGAGAAAGGAGAUUCAUUAGUUCCAAGAUAUUUUACAAAAUUAAGUAAUGGAAAAUAUGUAGCAAAUAAUGGAUGGAUCUAAGGAUUUGAUCCAUUGAAUAAUUUUGCUGAGAAUUAGGAUCAUCAUUAUUUAAGAAGGACAAUAGUAAUAUGGGGUGAUUUAGUAAAAUUAAGAUAUGGACAUAAGAAAUAAGAUAGUCCUGCUUUAUGGAAAUAUAUGAAGAGAUAUGUUUAAUAGAUGGCAUAGAUAUUUGCAGGAUUAAGAUUAGAUAAUGCACAUUCUACUCCAAUGAUAGUUGGGUAAUUAAUAUAUAUAUAUAAAUAAUUAGUGAAUAUAUGAUGAGGAAUGCAAGAAAAGCAAAUCCAAAUAUUUUAGUGUUUGCUGAGUUAUUUACAGGAUCACCAGAGAAGGAUUCAAUAUUCACAAAAACAAUGGGAAUUAAUUGUUUAGUAAGAGAAACUAAUAGAUGUCAUGAUGCAGGACAUUUAAACAGAGAAUUACAUUAUUACAGUGGAGAUGGAAGAAUGUCAAUAGGAUCAUUACCUAAAUUAUAAGAAUAAUUCGAAUCAAUGAAUGAAACAUUUACUAUACUUUAACCUUAAUAUAGUCCUGCUUUGAUAUAUGAAUAAUCUCAUGAUAAUGAAUCACUAUUAUCUACUCAUGGAUAUAAACAUUAAUUACCUAUAGCUUCAUUAAUAUCUUUUAGUGGUUGUAUGGGUGGAUCUGUUAGAGGAUAUGAUCAAUUCUUACCAAAUAAAUUAUCAGUUGUAGAUGAGAGACGAUAAUACACUAUUGAUUAACCAUAAGAAUAAUUAGUAAUUGAAAGAUAAUCUGUUGUUGCAUUUCGAUAUGAUGGAUUACCUAAUCAAUAUGUGGAAGUAUUUGGAUCAUGGAAUCAAUGGUCAACUGGAUUAAUUUUAAAUUCUACAAAUAACAAUAUUUAUACUUCCACUCUCACCUUAAAUGAAGGAUCAUAUGAAUAUAAAUAUAAAGUUAAUUCUAAUUGGAUUGAUUAAAUUAAUAGAAAACUUAUUGUUGAACCUAAUCCUAUGAAAAUACAUACAACCAUGGAACUUGUUAGACUCAAAUUACAUUAAAUUAAAAAAGAACUUAAUACCGAUUUCCCUUUUAUCUUUUGUUAAAAUUAUGGUGAUACCAUACAAAUCAUUACUAGAGAAACUUAAGAUAAAUGCAGAUCUAAAGUAUUAAUUACUGUACCUUCAUUUGGAAUCCCUAAUACCUUUACAUCUAUCAAAUUACCAGGAUAACUUGUUAAAGUUGAUGCCAUCUUCUAUCAUGACGAUUUUAUAUAACAUCCUCAAUAGAAUAAUCAAUUCAUUUAAGCAUCUUAAGUCAGAAUUAUUUAACAUUCAAAUAUUAGAGAAUUUGCAGAAAUCUAAGAUAAUCAUCUAAACUUUGUUAAAUUACCUUCUUCAUUUACUGCUGUACUUGAAUGUCAAAUUAUUCCAGAAUAAUAAAAUAAUCUAUAAUCAUUAGAUCUUAUAUUUAAUGAUAAUUCAUAAUAAUAACUUUUUAAUGAAUUAACAUCAUCAUAACUUAAUUAUUUACUCUUUAUGUCAGAACCAGAAGAAAGAGAUAAAAAUAACAAAGGAUUAUAUUUCAUUCCCAAUUAUAGAUAACUUAUUUAUGCUGGUUUUGCUGGUCCUCGUUCUGCUACUAGAGAAGCAUAAACUAUUAAUAAUUUAGCACAUCCUAUCUGUGAAAAUUUGAGAAAUGGAAAUUGGUUACUUGAUUAUUUAAAUGAUAGAGUUUAAUAUCAACUCUCACUUUUACAACUCUCCAAACUUAUCAAUACUAUCACAAAUCAAAUUAAAAAUAUCCCACGUUAUCAUAUUCCAUCCUAUUUCUGUAAAUUUGUAGAUUUCAUCUAUAAUCAUUCAAUGUUAUCAAUAACAAAUUUUUAAACCUCAUAAUUUAAAAGAGAAUUGAAAUUAGCAUCAUAUUAAUUCAUUGCAGAUUUACCUUUCUCUAAAUCUAUGGCAGCAGGAUUACCACAUUUUACAACAGGUUGGGCCAGAUCAUGGGGAAGAGAUACUUUUAUAUCCUUUAAAGGAAUCUAUCUUGAAAAUGGAUUAAUAUCUGAAGCCAAAGAAGCAUUACUAACUUUUGGUUCCUGUUUAAGACAUGGACUUAUUCCUAAUUUAUUAGAUUCAACUAAUAAUCCAAGAUAUAAUUGCAGAGAUGCAUGUUGGUGGUAUAUUAAAGCUGUCAAAGAUUAUAUUUAAUAUGCUUAAAAAUCCGAAAUAUUAAAUGAAGAGGUUUAAAUGGUAUUUCUAGAUGAUGAUAUGGACAAACACUACUAAUUAAAAUCAUAAGGAGUUGUUAUUAAAAAAACUGUUGCAGAAAUUAUUUAAAAGAUCUUUCAAAGUCAUGCUACAGGUAUUAAAUUUAGAGAAUGGAGAGCAGGAAGUUAAAUUGAUAAUUGCAUGUAAUCAGAGGGAUUUAAUAUUUCAUUAUGUUUGGAUGAAUAAACUGGUUUUAUUGUUGGAGGUAAUUGGUUAAAUUGUUUAACUUGGAUGGAUAAAAUGGGAUCGUCUGAUGUUAAUAGAGGAAUUCCUGCUACAAGUAGAGAUGGAGCACCAAUAGAAUUGACUGCUCUUCUUAAAGUUUGUUUAGACUUUGUUACUCAUAGUUCAUCACAUUAUCCAUUUGAUGGAGUAAUUUGUCCUAAUGGUAAGAAAUUACUUUUUAAGGAAUGGUCUCAUUUUUUGGUUGUAAAUUUUGAGAAAUAUUAUUAUAUUCCUAAAUAACAUGAUCCAAAUUACUAAGAUUAUCAUAUUGUAGAAAAGCAUGUCAGACAUCGACAAAUAUAUAAAGAUCUUGUAAAAUCUUCGAAACCUAGAAAUGAAUAUUAAUUAAGAUGCAAUGCUAGUAUUGCUAUUGGUUUAGCACCAGAGUUAUUCAAUAAAGAAAAAGCCAUGUUCCAUUUAGCUUCUGUUGAAGCAUACCUAUUAAGAGAAAAUUCAAUUGGUGUAAAGACACUUGAUCCUGCUGCUUCAGAAUAUGUUCAUUUUUAUGAUAACAGUGAUUAAUCACACAUCUUCAAUGUAUCUCAUGGUUUCUCUUAUCAUAAUGGACCAGAAUGGGUUUGGGUGUAUGGAUAUUUUAUUAAGGCCUUAAUUGCUAUUCAUGGCAAAGAACAUAUCGAUAGAUAAUUAUUUUAUUCUUAUUUAUCCAAUCACAAAACGACUCUACAUUAAAAUGAAUGGUAUAUCUUUUUAAAAAAUAUAUUUAGGUAUUCCUUACCAGAAAUGACUAAUGGAAAUGGAGAAUACAAUGUAUUUUCAUGUAGAGCUCAAGCUUGGUCAAUUGCAUGCAUUUUAGAAGCUGUCAGUGAAUAUGAAUGAAUGUAAAAUAUUCCCA